AUGAACUUACCUUGUUUACCAUUUCGUCAAGUGGUCGAUGAGCUUGUUGAUUCUCUUGGCUUGCACAAAGUCUUGACCCUCAGACUAGUCAAUGUACGGCUCGAUCACGAGAUACUGGAUGUAAUCCUCGCACGCCAACUAAUCGCCGAACGCAAGGGUGUACCAUUCCCUUAUAUACGAAAACCAAUCAUGACCAAGCUGUUGCUCAAAAGAGUUGAGAACCCUAGAAUCGAUGAAAACCCCCUUAUUCUAGCAAUCCGUCGAACAGCUGAAUCGAUAAAUGGUACAUACCGGCAACAAAUAGAUCUACCAAAAGAUGGCGUCAAAUACACGCUUUGUACAGCAGCGGUGAACCAUCUCGGCUCCCUUAGAACCGCACAGUUGAUGGCCUCCUCAUGCCAAGGGCAAAUCCAAGCAAUUCACGAUCUAAAUGACCUCAUCAUUGCGACAGCACUGCUUGGGAGCUUGGAAGCGCUCGAAAUCUUGCUUUCCAAGGGAGCUGAAGUCAACUGUGUAAGCAACUACUUUGGCACCCCUCUGCAAGCGGCAGCCGCACAAGGACAUCACGAAAUUGCUCUGUGUUUGCUCGAGCAAGGAGCCGAUAUCGACUAUGUGGCACUACGAUCAGCCUCACGACAAGAUCAUAAACCAGUUGUUCGACUGCUAUUGGAUCCUGUAUACAAUCUGAAAAGUUCAGGAGCCGAAUACGAGAAUGCUAUAAUGGACGCCGCUCAUGCCGGUCACACUGAUAUGGUGAAAUGCUUGUUUGAAAGGGGUAGUUUCACUAACAUAUCGAAUUUGCAAUAUGAGGUACUAUGGAUGGCUUGUAGGUUCGGUCAUCUUCGACUAGUCCAAAUCAUGCUUGACCAAGGACUUGAUGUGAAUGCCACAAAAAUCGGAGGUUCACGCGCUCUAGAAUCUGCCGCUUAUUACGGCCAUGUACCCGUCGUGUCCUUGCUUUUUGAGAAGGGAGCAGAUCUUCAAUACGACGGUAAUGAGUGGCAUGCCGUACAUGCAGCAGCGAGCAACGGACAUGAAGAGGUAGUGCGGAUGCUCCUGGACAACGGCGCCGACAUCAACUCUUCUGGGUCUCGUAGCCUCACCCCUCUCUGGGAGGCCGCCAAGAACCAACAACUGAGCAUGAUGCGGUUUCUACUCAACAAUGGAGCGGAUCUGGCGGUCGAUGAAAGUGGUGACUACGCCUUCUUUCGCGCCGUCAUACAGGGACACGAGCAAGUGGUACGUAUUCUAGCAGAAGCAGGUGUCAACGUCGACGGUGUUCCCGGCGACUCGGAACCUCCACCAAUACUCAAUGCAAUGAUACACGGGCAGAAAAGUAUGGUCAAGGUGCUGCUUGAGCUUGGAGCGCAAUGGGUGGACCCACUAAAGAGUGCCUGGGGUGAGAAAUUUCUGGAUGGUACCUACCCAAUACACCCGUCACCUCCACCUUUUCUGAAGCAUUGA